CUCGAGUCGGCGCCGCAGCGCAAGCCGUAAAAGCCCUCGAAGUCUCCAACUCCCGAAGAAGGGUUUCCGUUCUUCUCCCCAGCCUCCCGCGCUGCAUAGGCAUACCCCACCGCCCCCACCAAUACGAAGCGCGGCGAGGCAGCGGCGGCGGCGGCGAAUCCUCGGAGUAUGGCCACGGGGACGGCGCCGGAGGAGGUCUUGCAGGCUCCGUCCGCGGCCAAGGGAGCCGCGGGCGAGGCGCCGAGGAAACUGACCGACGCACAGGGAAGAGGAGGAGGCGGCGUCGGCCGCGGAGGAGGUGGUGGAGGAGGAUUUGGAGGUAGAGGGAAGAAGCGGAAGAACAAGGAGGUGUUCAUCUACGGCAACUACAGGAACUACUACGGCUACCGAAUUGAUCGUAAUGUUGGUGAAGAUCCUCGUCUUGAGAUAUUCAAGAGGGAGUGGUUUGCAGGGAAGGAUUGCCUCGACAUUGGAUGCAAUCAGGGUUUGGUCACAAUUGGUCUAGCGAUGAAAUUUGAGUGUCGAAGCAUCCUUGGAGUCGAUAUUGAUUCAGGUUUGAUUGAAACUGCUAACUGGAAUUUAAGAAGGAUAACUCGAACGGGUAAGCUGGAUACAGAAAGUGCCAAGGUUCAUAACUCAUCAGAUUCUACAAUCCAGAGGUGUCCAAAAGAAGUGGUAUCUGAGAUGUCAAAUGCGAAUAUUUCUAAGCACAAACACCAUGAUCUUUUCGAAAUCGUCUCUUUUCGACCUGAAAAUUUUGUAGAGAGCAUGCACAAAUGUUCAGAACAGUAUGAUACCAUCAUGUGUUUGAGUGUGACGAAAUGGAUCCACUUGAACUGGGGUGAUGAUGGCAUGAUCACUUUAUUUGUAAAGAUCUGGCGUCUUCUGAGACCGGGAGGGAUUUUUAUCAUGGAGCCUCAACCUUGGACCUCGUAUAGGAGAAACAGAUUAGUAUCGGAGGUUGCCAGAGAGAACUUCAAUGACAUCUGUAUAUAUCCUGAGAAAUUCCGGGAGAUACUUCUGGACAAGAUCGGGUUCAGGUCAGUGGAGGUGAUUACCGACAGACUGGUUGGCUCCGUCACAGGUUUUGACCGUCCAAUUGAAGUCUACCACAAAUGAUGGAAUUGGAUCAACGCUUGUUGCUUGGUCUGAGUUCUGUGGUGCUUCAGACACAUGAUUUUGGUAAAUGGAUGAGCUUCACUGGUGCUUUCUUCGGUACUAGCAAAAUGAUCAAGGCUUAGCAUAACGCUGGAUUAGCAUUUUUGGCAUAAAGCUGGGUUAACAUUUUGGCAUAAGCACCAUCUGAACGCCCAAGGCAAGAUAUCAACAAGGUGGUGGUAUCGCAGUCUUAGGUGGUUCUCGAUAUUUUUGUACGAGGUGGCAAUUAGCCUUUGUGUAAAUGAAUGACAGAUCCAAGCAAGAAAAACACGUUCCAGGAAUAUAACACUUCCCUUCUGUAUCCACGUCCUGAAAUGUCCCCGGUUUACAAAUUGGGCUA